AUGGGUGGCCACGCUGACGCUAAGACUGGCCACUAUAUCGGCACCUGGGGUAAAUUCGGCUGCCCUACCCCCCAGCGCAUUGCCACCUACUCCCUCUCGCCUAACCGUCAGCGCCCCUUCGCCGGUGCUUUCAACGCUGCUAUCUUCAACACCUUCCGUCGUUUCCGCAACCAGGUCCUCUACGUUGUUCCUCCCUUCGUCGUUGCCUACGCCGCCAUGAACUGGGCCGUCGAGCGUAACGAGUACCUGAACUCCAAGCCCGGCCGCCUUCUUGAGGGUGGUGGUGAUGAAGAGUAA